AUGACCUGGCUAUCAACGUCCAUCACAGGCUUCGGUUUUGUCCUUCUAGCACAUGCCUGCUACUCCGCCCACGAGCAUUCUGCCCUCCACUCCACAAGCACAGCAUCGUUAUCCUCACUCACAUCUCAUGGCCCAUCUGUCUCGGCCGUCGCAGCCCUUCCAAUCGAUAUCUCCAUCGAAACCAUCGUAGCAAUCCUAACAAUAUGUCUCGGGCUCGUCCUUGGCACCCCUGAGCUACGACCAAUCCAAUGGCGCGUCUGGGCUGGCCAAAUUGAGCGUGAAGGCGAGAAGGGCUUCAUGAAUGGUGAUGGAGAGGUUGAUAAGGAUUAUGUGGGCAAUCCGUUCAAGGUGUUGGAGAGCAGACCGGGCUUCGUAGAUAUCCGGAAGCAGAGGAAGGAGUUUGCGGAAUGGGUGAGGGAAGGUGGCAGUGUUGAGGGUUAG